AUGACGAAAGCCGGAGCUCCCCUGUGCGCAGACCAGGCUCCUGUCACCGGGGCUCUACACAUCGCGGACCCCGGCCUGGUCAACGAGGGAGCAAAGAAUGUUCCGUACUUCACGCCGAUCCAGGACCCGGCGGCCGGGACGGCCAGGGACCCCCAGCCCGAAGGGUCUCUCUUCUCCCCGCUGAAGCUCCGCGGCCUGACGCUGCAGAACCGCAUCAUCGUGUCGCCCAUGUGCCAGUACUCUGCCGACGACGGGCACAUGACGGCGUGGCACAAGACGCACCUGCAGGGCUUCGCCGUCCGCGGCGCCGGCCUCGUGCUGACCGAGGUCCAGGCCGUGGUGCCCGAGGGGCGCAUCUCCCCCGAGGACCUCGGCAUCUGGGACGACUCGCACCUCGCGCCGGCGAAGGAGGUCAUCGACUUUAUCCACAGCCAGGGCGGCCACAUCGGCAUCCAGAUCGGGCACGCCGGCCGGAAGGCUAGCACGGUUGCGCCCUGGAUCGACCGCAAGGCCGUUGUGGGCGAAAAAGGACGAGGAUGGCCGGGCAAGGUGUAUGGACCGUCUGCAGUAGCAUACAGCAAGGACACCUACGUGCCAAAGGAGAUGACACUGGACGACAUCGAGACGUUCAAGGCCAAAUGGGUUGACGCCGUCAAGCGCGCAGUCAAGGUCGGAUACGAUACCAUCGAGAUCCACGCCGCCCACGGCUACCUCAUCAACAACUUCCUCUCGCCCACGUCCAACACGAGGACGGACAAGUACGGCGGCAGCUUCGAGAACCGGACGCGGCUCCUCGUCGAGCUGACGGAGCUGACGCGCGCCCACGUCCCGGACGACUACCCGGUCCUCGUGCGCCUCGCCGGCACCGACUACCUCGAGUUCGACCCCUCCAUCCCGCAGUGGGACAUCGACCAGGCCCAGCGGCUCGCCAAGAUCCUCGCGGACAAGGGCGCCGACUUCCUCGACAUGUCGGGCGGCGGCCAGGACGCGAGGAUGCGAGUCGUCCCGGGGCCCAAGUACCAGGCCCACCUCGCCGCCGCCGUCCGGAAGGCCGUCCAGGGAACCGGGGCGCUCGUCGGGUCCGUCGGCGGCAUCGACUCCGGGAGGGACGCGGCCGAGGUCUUGGCGGACGGGCAGGCGGAUGCCGUGCUCGUCGGCCGGGGGUUCCUCAAGGAUCCCAACCUGGUGUGGACCUGGGCUGACGAGUUGGGCAUCGACGUCCACGCGCCCAGUCAGUGUGAGUGUGCCUGA